UGCCUUCCCGGAGCCAGCUUCCCGGUGCCUGCCUUCCCGGAGCCAGCUUCCCGGUCUCCCGGGGAAACGGAAACAGCGCGCAGGGCCCAAACCCGGUACAGCCGCGUGGCUCCAGGAUAGCACGCAGUUCCCCACUCGGACCUGCCAGCACCUCUCCACUUGGACCACCUCGGCUCCGCCCUCCGCCCCCAGUUGAGACUCUGCCCAGAAGCGGCGCCCCCUACCCGAUCCAUCCAGCCCGGGGUUCCCUCCAGGGAUUUUUGCAGACGCCCGGGCCUGGCCCAGCCCUGCCGCACCUGGUCUGCUCUUGCCCAGGGCGCAACCCCCUCGCGCCGCCUAGAGAACUUUCCUCGGAGCCGCCACGGCCUGGCGCGCCCUGGCACACCCUGGCGCACCCUUGCCGGCCAGCCCGCGGGCCAGCCGCGUUCCCAGCCCGGGCGCCCGUUUCUCCGCCCACUCGCAGGUUCUCCUACCCCUGGCUUCUCCGAAUCUCCUUGAGAAGCAGCACUCCGCCGCCGCAGCAGGGUAUUCCCUGAGGGAGAGCUUGAACUUGGACUUACACAGCCUCCCGCGAUGAGCUCGGGGGCCCCUAGACAGGAGCCGCGCCCCGCGACGAGCUGACUUCCCCUCGCAGGUCUGGGUAAGGAGCACCGUGCCGUUCCACGCCCUCCUCCGGUUUCUCACUACCAGUGAGUCCGGGGGGUUAGCGGACUGCGUGACGACUCUCGUUCCUGCCCCUGAGCCCCUGCCUGGAGCGUCGUAGGACGGCGGGAGGGGCUGCUGCGCCCCCGCCUUCGGGGAAGCCCGAGCCGCAGGAUGCGCGGGGACGCGCCGCCGCCCUCUGCGCCCAGUUCCGCCGGCGCUUCUCCGCAGACUGCCGGGCUGUGACUCUCCCAAGCUUGUCCCUUUUCUUGCUUCCCUGCCGUGCCGGGGCGGCUCGGACCCGGACCCCGCCGGGAGCUACUCCUCUUCCUCUGGCCACGGCGCGGACCAUAAAUUAAUGCGUCGCGCUUGAGGGAAGCGGGCAGUUCGGAGCUUCGGUCGCAGCUUUCUCUCUUGACGGGAGACGGUAACAGCAGACAUGGGCUGUUUCUGCGCUGUUCCGGAAGAAUUUUACUGUGAAGUUUUGCUCCUGGAUGAAUCCAAGUUAACCCUCACCACCCAGCAGCAGGGCAUCAAGAAGUCAACUAAAGGGUCCGUUGUCCUUGACCACGUAUUCCGUCACAUAAACCUUGUGGAGAUAGAUUAUUUUGGGCUGCGUUUCUGUGAUAGAAGCCAUCAGACGUACUGGCUGGAUCCUGCAAAAACCCUUGCCGAACACAAAGAACUGAUCAACACUGGACCUCCAUAUACUUUGUAUUUUGGUAUUAAAUUCUAUGCAGAAGAUCCAUGUAAACUAAAAGAAGAGAUAACCAGAUAUCAGUUUUUCUUGCAGGUGAAGCAAGAUGUCCUUCAGGGCCGGCUGCCCUGUCCUGUCAACACUGCUGCUCAGCUGGGAGCCUACGCCAUCCAGUCUGAACUUGGAGAUUAUGACCCCUUCAAGCAUACUGCAGGAUAUGUGUCAGAGUACCGGUUUGUUCCUGAUCAGAAGGAGGAACUUGAAGAAGCCAUAGAAAGGAUUCAUAAAACUCUAAUGGGUCAGGCUUCUUCUGAAGCUGAGCUGAAUUACUUGAGGACUGCCAAAUCCCUGGAGAUGUAUGGCGUUGACCUCCAUCCCGUCUAUGGAGAAAACAAGUCUGAGUAUUUUUUAGGAUUAACUCCAGUUGGUAUUGUUGUCUACAAAAGUAAAAAGCAAGUGGGGAAGUAUUUCUGGCCUCGGAUUACAAAGGUUCUCAAGGAGACACAAUUUGAACUCAGAGUACUGGGAAAAGAUUGCAAUGAAACCUCAUUCUUUUUUGAAGCUCAUAGUAAAACUGCUUGCAAGCAUCUCUGGAAAUGUAGUGUAGAACAUCAUACAUUUUUUAGAAUGCCAGAAAAUGAAUCCAAUUCAUUGUCAAGAAAACUCAGCAAGUUUGGGUCCAUGGGUUAUAAACACCGGUACAGUGGCAGGACAGCUUUGCAAAUGAGCCGAGACCUUUCUAUUCAACUUCCCCGGCCAGAUCAGAAUGUGGCAAGAAGUCGAAGCAAGACUUAUCCCAAGAGAAUAGCACAAACUCCGCCAGCUGGAUCAAACAGCAUAAAUCGGGUAACUGCAAACCUGGAAAAUGGAGGAAAUGAAGGAACAACUAAAAUUAUUGCCCCUUCACCAGUAAAAAGCUUUAAGAAAACAAAGAAUGAAAACAGCCCUGAUACCCAAAGAAGCAAAUCCCAUGCGCCGUGGGAAGAAAACAGCCCUCAGAGUGGACUCUUCAACUCUCCCAAUGAUCGCAGUAAAUCACCAAAGUUCCCCUACACGCGUCGACGAAACCCCUCCUGUGGAAGUGACAAUGACUCUGUACAGCCAAUGAGGAGAAGGAAAGCCCAUAACAGUGGUGAAGACUCGGAUCUAAAGCAGAGGAGGAGGUCACGUUCACGCUGUAAUACAAGCAGUGGAAGUGAAUCAGAAAACUCUAAUAGAGAACAUCGGAAAAAGAGAAACAGAAUAAGGCAGGAGAAUGAUAUGGUUGAUUCAGCACCUCAGUGGGAAGCUGUAUUAAGGAGACAAAAGGAAAAAAACCAGGCGGACCCCAACAACAGACGAUCCAGACACAGAUCUCGCUCGAGAAGCCCCGAUAUCCAAGCAAAAGAAGAGUUAUGGAAGCAUAUUCAAAAGGAACUUGUGGAUCCAUCUGGAUUGUCAGAAGAACAAUUAAAAGAGAUUCCCUAUACUAAAGUAGAGACACAAGGUGACCCAAUCCGCAUCAGGCAUUCUCAUUCCCCACGAAGCUACCGCCAGUAUCGCCGGUCCCAGUGUUCAGAUGGAGAACGAUCAGUUCUCUCGGAAGUGAAUUCAAAAACAGAUCUUGUACCUCCACUUCCGGUGACCCGGUCUUCGGACGCUCAGGGUUCUGGUGGCUCUACAGUUCAUCAGAGAAGAAAUGGGUCUAAAGAUAGCCUGAUUGAAGAAAAAUCUCAGACAUCUACAAGCCAUCUGGCUGGAAAACACUCAGCAAAAACAAUAAAAACUGCCCAAGCUUCACGCCUCAAGAUAGAGACUUGAUCCCAGUGAAGAAGGGUUUGGGAUGGGGGAGGGAAGGGCAUGGGUGCCGCUUUGAAACUGUGAAUUAUAUAACUUCAAAUAUCUUGGACCUCCAAGUGUUUGUCAGCACAAGAAAAUUGAGUUUUUUGUUUAAAGGUUCAAAACUACAGCAUACUUGUGCUGAAGGGCCAUAUUUUGGGAACUGGAAGGUUAGUAGUCCUGUAAAAAUUUAUUCACUUGAUGCCAGAUUUCCAUUCUUCUCAACUCUUCCCAACUCCAGGUUGAUCUCAGCCUGCUUGCCCAGGUGUGUGAGGUCUGAGGCAUCACUUUCAGACUGGAGAUUCUUAUUCAUAUCAAGUUCUUUUAAAACUAUUUUGUGGCAUUAAGUUUGAGGUUAUUUACAAAUGAUGCAAAAUUUUGUUGCUUUUCUAUUUCUAAUGUGCCCUUGUCUUAUUUGCAGGAAAAAAAGAAAAAGGGUAAGUGUGGAUUUCCACUGACCCUGCAUUAGAUUCAUGACCCUCAAUCUCAAAUGGUCCCUCCACUCUACCUAGGUAUCUAACUGGUCAUCUUUCCCUAAUGACCAUUUCAGACCUUUCCUCCCUGCAGAUGACCUUGCCACCUACUUUCCAGGCAAACAGAAAUACUCUGGCAGGACAUCUUUUAUCUUCCUAUUACUCCUCCAUUCUUUACCAGGAUCCUUAUUUGCUGCUCUCAAGCUCUUCCUUUCAGCUGUCUCCUUGCCACUUUCUUUUAAACUUGGUUUAAGAUUGCCACCUAACAAAAAGUAAAUUCAUGUUCACCUCAAAUCCCUUUCCCACUACCAUUCUCAGCUGUUCAAUCAUCCCUAAAUUCACCUUCUAAUCAGUUUCUAAUCACAAUUCUUCCUGUUCCACUAAAGCAGCCCUUGCUACCCUCACUUUAUGUCACUAAAUCUCAAGGACAAUAUUUAGGCCUUCCUGCAACUUUUUCUCUUGCUUCAUUAACACUUCCAUUGUUUCUACCUCACCAUUAUUGGAGUUUCUCAAACCUCAGACCUAGGCCCUCUUCUCCCUGUACCCCAAUUCAUCUCGUUUACACCCAGGGCCUUAAGGUUUCUCUCUAGUUUAGACAAGACAGUAUGUCCUAUUACCUACCCGCGGCCUUGUGGAUUUCUCAGUUUAAAUUCAAGUGUAAAAUACCCUUCACCAGCUGGACUUACGAGCCACUAUGGUUGUACAAACCACAUUUAGGAGUCAUUAAGGACUUACCCUCUAUUCACAAUCCACCACUGCAAGUUAGUUCUCUUGCCUAGAUAACUACACUGGCCCAUCUGCAUCUCUUAAUUCCUUCAUAUUACAGUAGUGAUGAUUCCCCCCCAAAAAACAAAUCUUAGAUUUAAGUUUUACCUCCCAUAGGUUUUCACUUUUGUCCAAGCCUAAGCCUUAGGUGGUCUGGCCUCUACCUACCUCCUCUUCACGCUACUUUCACAAAUCUACCAUUGUUAACCUUUCAAGCCUCAGUAUGCACUCAAUUGUCUAAUCCAGGGCAUGUUAAGGGGUAAGGUCACAACUGUUGAGACAAAUCUGUAUGUACAGUCAGAACCUCCAAGCCCAGCAUGCCUUUCCCCAUAAUCUGCCUGGCCAAAAAGAAAAGUGGAACUUGCCCUUAUAAAUUUUACCUGGUUUCCUUGUCUCACUAAGGCAGUUACAUAUGUGAUGACAUUUCCUCCAUUCAACUGUAAGCUUCCAAAGGGAAGGAUUGUUUUGCUUACAUUGUAUUCCCAGCACCUGGUCUAGUACAGUGCUUUUAAUAAAUUUUGUGAAUGACUGAAAA